CAACAGGAGUCACGUGACCAGUGGGGCUAAAACAUGGCGGAUGUUGAAACGUCGAAAUCUUUGAACGGUUUGCUGAACGGAAUAGCACAAAUAGUGUAUUAUAAUAAUGCUGAAAUAACAGAGGAACUUUUGAAAAAUGAACUUUAUCCAGACUUAACGCAGGACGACUUUCGCGCUAUGCAUGAAAAGAUGAAAGGUAUUUUAAAGUCUAUCGCCACUGCUAACAUGGAUCAGGCCCAGCUGGAAGCCUUCCUGACUGCCCAGACCAGGAAGCAGGGCACGGGGGGUGUGAGCGCCGAGCAGGCGGCCGCCCUCUCCCGGUUCUGGAAGAGCCACCGGGCCCGGGUGAGGGAGAGCCUGCUGGGCCAGAGCCGCUGGGAGCCUGGCCUGAAGGGCCUCACCUGGAGGGUGGACCUCCAGACCUCAGCCAGCAGAGGGGGUGCUGCUAACAUUCCCGUGGCCCUGGUGGAGCUGGAACUGGGCAGGACUGAGAGGAUUCAGACUUUGUGUGUCUGGAGUUUGACGAGGCGAAGGUGAACCAGGUGUUGAAGAAGAUGGCAGAGAUCCAGGAGGGCAUCGACGCCAUCGUACACCGCAGCUAGGGUCUACAUUUCUGUGUGAAAUAGGAAAGAAACGUCCCCGUUCUAUAAAAACAAUAAGUGGUUUCCAGUCUUUUCCUGUCAUUUCUUUUCAUUCUAUGACUUGGACAGAAAACAUUAGCCUGCCAGGUAGCAGACAGGAAAACUAUGCAUUAUAGAUGUAUCUUUAUACCUUAUUUACUGGACACACUGGCUAGUUCAUUUCUUACAGUAAGUCCUAUCUGUUGAGUCUAACAAAUGGGAUAUUGUUCUAUCAAUGCUAGAGAGAACCUGCUGUUUUGUUUUGUGGCCGGGAUGGAAGACUUCUUUUCACGUACAGAACAUACAGUACUGUUAUGCUUGAUUUACAAUUAGUGCAAUGUCCAUUUUGUACAUACCCGUUGCCAUUCCAGACAGUGAUACAUUGAUAUUUCAGUUUAAGCCUAGUAAACCUAACAUCCCCUUGCUUAAUGUUGGGCAGACAACUUGUACGAUAUCGUUGUUCCCAAAGGAACUGCUUCUUCCCACACUAUUUCUAGCCCCUCAACAUUCCGGCUGCCUGACCUGGUCUGAACUUUCCGUACUGGGCACAGGCCAGGGGUGUAGGCUGUUCAGUGAGGUGAGACAUUCACAACAUUGCAAGUAGAAAUAGAACUGACAAGAUUUGCUAUUCUACAUGACAGACAAGCCUAUCUGUUGUACAUGCAAAAUAAUGAUCUGAAUAUGUUGUAUGGUUGCACCCUCCUGGACAGACCCACAUGCUGUCCCAAUUGGCCCAAUGUCUUAAAUAUCCAUAUUUUCUUGUCUCACUUAUUUUGUAUUGAUUGGAAAGACUUUUGAUUGUUGAAAAGCAAAAUGAUGGAAAGUAAUCUGGUCCUUUGAACUGUCAGUGAUCAUAGAAGAGAAAAAAAUGAACAUUUAUUCAUCCAUAGUGAUGUCAUAAAGAUGAAUUUGUACAAUAAAGGUUAGAGCUGGGACGAUAAACCAAAAAUGAUUCUCUAACAUUUUACUGAUAUUGAUAUUAACGAUAAGUAGCCUUUACUAGAGGAAUGCGUAGUUUAAAGAAAAUCAGUAAGUCUGCUAAUAUACGCUAUUUCUAACUAGAUAAUCGAUAGCUACAACAUUCAAAGUAGUAGUUUUAAGGGUAAUACAAAAGAAGUAACUGGUGCACAGUAUUCAGUUUGUCGUUAUCGUGAUAAUUCAGUCAAUUUAUCGUGAUUUGUCCAUAUCGCCCAUCUCUAAUGAAAGGUCCAUGUCAUCUUGUUACCCCCAUUUGCAGAAUGGGAUAUCAACCCACACUUUGGAUCAGGUGUUAAAAAAAAAUAUUAAACCGUAACAAAAAUGUAUCAAAGCCUGCUUUUCAUGUUGUCUUUGUAAUGAAUAAACCAAAGUUAAAGGAC